UGUAGUUGUUUGGGGUGUGAAGUCACGAGAAUUAAUUGGGUCUGUUCUUGAAGUUGAUACUAGGUGUGUUGACGUUUUAAAAACUAGUUUAGCCAGUUUCGAUAAAGUUUAUUCUAUCACCAGAAACUUUAUCAGUUUCUUGAAUAGGCUUAUAUUACAGCCUAAAGAUCAUUAAUAUUAAUCAUCAUUAGAAAAUUUGGCAGAAAAAAUAUUUAAAAUGCCUCAGACACCACAACUCUCACCUCAAGAAGAACAGGACAAGUUGUUGGAUGAAGCAUUAGGUGUUGUGAAAGUCCAGGCUUUUCAAAUGAAAAGAUGUCUAGACAAAAGUAAACUAAUGGAGGCUCUGAAGCACGCUUCCAACAUGUUAGGGGAACUACGAACUUCCCUUCUUAGCCCUAAAAGUUACUAUGAACUUUACAUGGCAGUGACAGAUGAACUGAGGCACCUUGAGCUAUAUUUAUUAGAUGAGUUUCAAAAGGGGCACAAAGUAGCUGAUUUGUAUGAGUUGGUGCAGUAUGCGGGCAACAUCAUUCCACGGCUGUACUUGUUAACUACAGUAGGUUUGGUAUACAUGAGGACCAAUGAACAUUCUAAAAGAGAUAUUUUGAAGGACAUUGUUGAAAUGUGUCGAGGUGUUCAACACCCACUUCGAGGGCUAUUUCUACGUAACUACUUACUUCAGUGUACGCGCAACAUCCUUCCAGAUGCUGAUGAAGAGAAUGCAGAACAUGCUGAGACUGUUGGAACAGUGAAAGAUUCUGUUGAUUUCAUCCUCAUAAACUUUGCUGAGAUGAACAAAUUGUGGGUGCGCAUGCAACACCAGGGGCACUCCAAAGAAAAGGAGAGGAGAGAGCAGGAGAGACAAGAACUGCGCUUGCUUGUUGGGACAAAUUUGGUUAGACUGUCUCAGUUGGAGAGCAUUGAUGUGGAAAAAUACAAAAAGAUAGUUCUUCCAGGGAUCCUAGAGCAAGUUGUGAGCUGUAGAGAUGCUAUAGCACAAGAGUAUUUAAUGGAGUGUAUCAUUCAAGUUUUCCCUGAUGAGUUCCAUCUCCAGACUCUGAACAGCUUUUUGAAGGCUUGUGCUGAGCUCCAUCAGAAUGUCAAUGUCAAAAACAUUAUUAUAGCACUUAUUGACCGACUUGCUGUAUUUGCUACAAAAGAAGAUGGAACAGGGAUACCUCAGGAUAUCAAACUGUUUGACAUUUUCUCUGAACAAGUUGCCCAAAUUAUACAAUCUCGCCAAGAUAUGCCAGCAGAAGAUACUGUCUCACUCCAAGUGUCUCUAAUUAACCUUGCCCUCAAAUGUUAUCCAGAACGAUUUGAUUAUGUUGACAAAGUCCUUCAGACAUCAGUAGAUAUAUUUCAGAAUCUAGGUAUAAAAAGGGUUGAAUAUAACACUCCAGUUGCUAAAGAACUGCUUAGACUGCUGAAAAUCCCAGUCCAGAUUUACAAUAAUCUUCUGACAGUCCUUAAGUUGGAACACUUUGGAUCCAUGCUUGAUUUUUGUGACUACCACAGCCGCAAGACUAUGUCCAUAUUUGUGCUUAAUAAUGCUCUAGAAAAUGACACUUUAAUUCCCACAUCAGAAGAGGUGGAUCAGAUUCUGACUUUGGUUGCUCCUCUGAUACAAGAUCAACCUGACCAACCCACUGAAAAGGAUGAUCCUGAAGACUUUGCUGAAGAGCAAGGCCUUGUUGGAAGAUUUGUAACUCUAAUGUCAGCUGAUACUCCAGAUCAACAGUACUUAAUUCUCAAUACAGCUAGAAAACACUUUGGAAAUGGUGGAAACCAACGGAUCAAAUACACCUUGCCUCCAUUAGUGUUUCAAGCUUACAAGUUGGCUUUCCAGUAUAAGAGCCUUAGUGAGGAGGAUGAAAAGUGGGAUAGAAAAUGUCAGAAAAUAUUCCAGUUUUGUCACCAGACAAUCAGUGCUCUCAUUAAAGCUGAAAUGGCUGAACUUUCACUACGAUUAUUUCUGCAAGGAGGUUUAGCUGCUGGACAGAUACAGUUUGAAAACCACGAAACUGUUGCCUAUGAGUUUGUUUCCCAGGCUUUUUCAUUGUACGAGGAGGAGGUUUCAGACAGCAAGGCUCAACUUGCAGCAAUUACAUUGAUAACAGCUACAGUAGAACAGAUGACUUGUUUUGGUGAGGAAAAUCAUGAACCACUUAGGACACAAUGUGCUCUAGCAGCUUCAAAACUGCUAAAAAAGCCUGACCAAUGUCGAGGUGUUGCUAUUUGUUCCCACCUUUUCUGGUCUGGCAAAACUCGAGCAACCAGUGAAGAAGAGAUGCAUGAUGGAAAGAGGGUAGCAGAAUGUUUGAAGAAAGGAUUACGUAUAGCAAAUCAAUGUAUGAACUCUUCUGUUCAAGUGCAGCUAUUUGUGGAAUUAUUAAACCACUACAUUUAUUUUUAUGAAAAAGGAAAUGAUCAGAUCACAGUUCAGGUGCUAAACCAACUGAUCAGCAAAAUAAAGCAAGAACUUCCGGGAUUAGAAGCUAAUGAAGAAACAGACCAAAUCAACAAACAUUUCCUGAACACUAUAGAACACCUUAAGAAUAGAAUGGAUGCCCCUGAGGGAGAUGGUGUUUCUUAUGGAGGAUUAGUUCUUUGA